CACAGCACUUCAUAUCAGACCUGACCAGAGCUGCAAAACCCUAACCAUGGCGGACGAAGAAGACGACUUCAUUAAUCCGAAUCAAUUACCCCAAAUCCCACCCCAAUCCUCAUUCCUGCUGAAGCUCAUGAGCAAGCGCCGCACCUGGGUGUUCCUCUUCGUCUCCGUCUACGCCGCCCUCCUCUCCCUCUCCUGGAACCUCCUCAAAUCCGCCCUCUCCCGCUACGAAGCUUCCCUAUCCUCCUCCUCCUCGGCGCUCUACGCCUCCGCCCUCCUAGGCCUCGCCUUCGGCGUCCUCUCCAUGGUCGCCGCCCUCGCCGUCGCCGUCCCCGCCACCGUCGUCACCUGGAUAACCGUCCUCGUCCUCCUCACCUUCUGCGGCAAGCCGCGGGAAGCUCUCGUCGUCGAGGGCAAAAAAUUGACGGCGGAGAUCACCGGCUCCGUCGUCCGCGUCCUCAUCAAGGAAGGUAAUGUCGUCGCCGCCGUCUGCGCCGUCCUCGGCUACUUCGCCCUCGUCCGCAACCGAUCGGACGCCGCCGCCGCCGAUUUUGACUAGCCGCCGGCGCCGGCGAUCUGAUCAUCAAUGAAUCAAUCCGUUUCAUUGUAUCAGUUUGCCUGAUUUAGCAAUGGAGACGACGAUGAUGAUGAUGAAAUUGAGGAAGAUGGAGUUACUACUGCACUAUGAUUUUGUAUCUCUUCUGUAAAGCCGUUUGAUCUCUUUGUCGAUUAGAAAAACUUGCAAUAAAAAACCCAACCAAUCCUAACCUAAAAACAACUCUCAUUCAUUCCUUGCUCCUCGAAAUUUUGUAAUUUGACGACCGGUUUCGAUCGACGUCGGGAGUUUGAACUAACGACCUUGUGACCAAAAAAUUGUCUUUGGAACAAUGCAUGAUCUUUGUCCAGUAUAAUAAUGCAGUUACUCUUCUUUAACGGUAGAUUUUACGUUACUCAAACAUAUUAUGUUCGAAUCGUAUUUAAUAAAAUUAAAUUUC